AUGCAUUUUAUACCGGUGGGCGCUUCUUUAUUUGCAUCAAACAUCGGCAGUGGUCAUUUUAUUGGUCUAAGUGGUUCGGGUGCUUCGAGUGGUAUAGGUGUUGCUGGUUUUGAGUUAGGAGCGAUCUAUAUGCUUAUGGUACUUGGUUGGUUAUUCGUACCAGUUUAUACGAAAGCAGAGGUAUUUACAAUGCCUCAAUAUUUAAAAAUGCGUUUUGGAGGUGAUCGUAUACGAAUUUAUUUGACAUGUCUUGCAUUAAUGUUAUCAAUAUUUACAAAAAUAUCUGUUGAUCUUUAUUCUGGUGCUGUUUUUCUUCAACAAGCACUUAAUUGGAAUCUUUAUGCAUCAGUUAUUGCUCUUAUUCUUCUAGCUGCUUUUUUUACUGUUGGAGGUGGUUUAACAGCCGUUAUUUGGACAGAUUUUAUUCAAACAGUUAUUAUGAUUAUUUCUGCUUUUAUACUUAUGAUUAUUAGUUUUAUUAAAGUUGGUGGUCUUCAACAAAUACGAAAUCUUUUUCCAUAUGCUCUUGCUAAUACAACAUUAUAUACUACAACUGAAUGUGGUAUUCCAAAUGAAAAUUAUUUUUCAUUAAUUCGUCCAUUUGAUGCUGAUUUACCAUGGUUUGGUUUAAUACUUGGUGGUGCUAUUGUUUCUACAUGGUAUUGGAGUUGUGAUCAAGUCAUUGUUCAACGAACAUUAGCAGCAAAGAAUAUAUCACAUGCAAGAGCAGGUUGUCUAUUUGCAGGUCUAUUAAAAUUUUUACCAUUAUUUCUUAUGGUUUUUCCUGGAAUGGCUGCACGAAUACUCUUUCCUGGUAAUGAAAUUGGUUGUACUGAUCCAGAUACAUGUUAUCAAGUUUGUCAUAGUCGAAAUGGUUGUAAUGAUAUAGCAUAUCCACUUCUUGUCAUUCGAUUAAUGCCUAAUGCAAUUCGUGGAUUGACAUUAGCAUGUAUGAUUGCUGCUUUAAUGUCAUCAUUAACAUCAAUAUUUAAUUCGAGUUCGACUAUUUUUACUAUUGAUAUUUGGCAACGUUUUCGUCAAAAUGCACAUGAUUGGGAAUUAAUGAUUGUUGGCAGAGUUUUUGUUAUGAUUCUUGUUGUUGUUUCAAUUUUUUGGAUUCCAAUUAUUCGAGCAGCACAAGGUUCUAGAUUAUUUGAUUAUAUUCAAGCUGUUCAAUCAUUUUUAGCUCCACCUGUUGCUGCUUGUUAUUUACUUGGUGUAUUAUGGAAACGAAUAAAUGAAGAAGGAGCUUUUUGGGGUCUUAUGGCUGGUUUAUUUGUUGGUAUAUUUCGUUUUAUAUGGGAAUAUUCUUAUACAGCAAUGCCUUGUCAACUUGAACAUUUGGAUAAACGUCCAUCAAUAGUUCGAUUUAAUUUUUUAUAUUUUUCUGUAUUACUUUUUUUUAUAUCUGCUAUUGUUACAAUUGUUGUUAGUCUUCUUACAAAACCUAUUCCAGAUAAAUAUAUAUCGGGUUUAACUACAUUCGAUCUUGAUAAUCCUGAUAAACCAAUUGUAAUUCCAACUCGAUCUGGUUGUAUGCAUAAAGCAGAUACAUAUUAUGAUGAAGAACAUCCAUAUUCAUUUGAAAAUUCAACUCUAAAUCAUACAGAAACAUCUUCAAAUGAAACAGAAAAAAAAGCAUUUGAAUUUUUUGAUACAAAUAAUUCUACUGGAAUUGCAUUAUAUUUAAAAACUGCUAUUGCUUGGAUUUGUGGUUUAGAAAAACCCGACGAUCUUGAUGUACAAUCAAUAUCUUCGGAUAAUCCUCCAAAUGAGAAUACAACUAGUAGACGUAGUAUAUGUGUUAUGCAUGAGCCAAAUAUUUCUUCAUGGCAUGCUCUAUGUUCUUAUGCCGCUGUCAUAGUUUUGUCAUUAUGUGUUUUUGUCUGGGCAUUUUUUACUGAUUAUAGAAUACGAUUGAAUUAA